AUGGUGCUGCUGGCCGGGCCCGGGCCGGAGGGCGGCGGGGCGCGCUGCGUGUCCCCGCAGCCGCUGACCCCACCUCGGGGCACGGAGGCCGACGAGGACCUAGGGGAGUAUGAGGAGUACGAGGACUUCUCCAGCCUGCCGGACACCCGCAGCAUCGCCUCGGACGACUCCUUCUACCCUCCGGGGGGCGAGGAGGAGUUCGGCGCCCCAAGCGCGGACAGCGUCCCGGAGGGCGUCCCGGAGGGCGUCCCGGAGACGGCGACCAUCCUGCGCGCCGCCUGCGCCAACGACGUGGGGCUGCUGCGGGCGCUGGUGCGGCGGGGGCCGUGCGUGGACGAGGUGCAGGAGACGGACCGCAACGGCCGGACCGGCCUUAUUGUCGCCUGCUAUCACGGCUUUGUGGACGCCGUGGUGGCCUUCGCCGAGUGCCCCCACGUUGACGUCAACUGGCAGGACAAUGAGGGGAACACGGCGCUGAUCACGGCCGCCCAGGCAGGGCACGCCACCAUCACCAGCUACCUGCUGAACUACUUCCCGGGCCUCGACCUGGAGAGGAGGAACGUGUUCGGCUUCACGGCCCUGAUGAAAGCUGCCAUGCAGGGCCGCACAGACUGCAUCCGCGCCCUGAUGCUCGCAGGAGCGGAUGUGCACGCGAAGGACCCCCGCCGCGGGAUGUCGCCCCAGGAGUGGGCCGCUUACACAGGCCGGGCCGAGGCCGUGCGUCUCAUGCGUAGGCUGCUGGAGCGCCCCUGCCCGGAGCAGUUUGGGGAAUCCUACAAGCCCGAGCUGCCGCUGCCACCCCUGGGAGCCCCGAAGCCGGCGGGCUCCAAAAGCUGCUUGCAGAGGCUCGCCGAGUGCCUGCGGUUCUCGCUGACUUCCCGCUCUGCCCCGGGCCUGGAGGACGGAGGGGUCCUCGACCACAUGGUGAGGAUGACCACGAGCCUCUACAGCCCCGCUGUGGCCAUCGUCUGCCAGACCGUGUGCCCCGAGGACCCCCCGUGCGUGGGGAAACGGCGGCUGGCCGUGCAGGAAAUCCUGGCGGCACAGGGGGCCCAGGCCACCGAUGGCCCCGAGAGGAGCCCACAGCCGCCGCUCCAGACCUCACAGGCCACGGGCGACUCGCAGGAAGGGGCCAGCCUGCGGCGAGCCAGCCACGCCGUCCCCCGCAAGGCCAGCCUGCUGCAGCUCCUGCGGCGUAGCAGCGUGCGGCCCGGCGUCGUGGUGCCCCGGGUGCGCAUCAGCAAGGCGCCCGCGCCCACCUUCCAGCCCGAGCGGGCAGCGGGCAAGGGCAGCACCAAGGACAGCGCCCACCUGCAGAUCCCCAAGUGGCGGUACAAGGAGGCCAAGGAGGAGAGGAAGAGGGCGGAGGAGGCGGAGAAGCAGCGCCAGGCAGAGGCACAGAAGGAGAGGCGGGCGCCGCGCUGGAGGAAAAGGACGUGA